UUCUUAAGAAGAUGAUUAUAGUCUCUGUCUCAACUGUACUUAGGCAGAUCCUCUCUCAAUCUCUAUCUUGAACAUGAGAGCCCAAUUCCGGGGAGUUCUCACCUUGGCGCUCAUGGUCGCCUUGUGCGCAUUGCUCUAUGGGCUCCUGUAUGGAAAAAUCUCUGAUCAUAGCAUCGGCUAUUUUCAAAAACUACAACUAGCUCCUCGGGGAGGGCGUCUCUGCGAAACGAAUUGUCCUUGUAAAAAUACAACAAGAGAUGUUUUUACGGCUGGAUCCGGGUCUGCACACAAGGAGACCCCCAUGCUCCGGCUGCAAAAAAAGGACUUCAAGCAAUAUCCCAUCUGGGCUUCUGAGGAUGUUUAUGUCCGGGACAAGCAAAAGAGGCAGAUGACCUGUCCCCAGUCUCUGAGGAACUCCCAGAACACAGUCUUCAAGCAGGCCUUUAUACCAGACAUCCAGAUGUACCUCCACGGAGAACUACUCAACGUGUCAGAGUGGAACAGACUAGCCUACUUCAAUAACCCCUUUGGCUUUAUGGACUACACUAACUACACAGAGAUAAAGGCAGUGGUGGAUCUGAUUCCCAAGCCCAGAGAGCCCCUGCUCUUGCCACGGGGAAACCCUGGGUGUAUACGCUGUGCUGUGGUGGCGACAGGAGGAAUACUCAACGGCUCUAGGAUGGGCAAGGAGAUAGAUGCUCACGACUAUGUGUUCCGGAUGAAUGGUGCCGUAACCAAGGGUUACGAGGAGGAUGUAGGCAACAGAACCUCAGUCUACGUUCACACCGCCCACUCCAUCACCCAGUCUCUUCUCAUAUUCAAGAAAUACGGCUACAACAGUGCACCGCAUGACAAGGGUAUAAAGUAUGUGCUGAUUCCAGAGGGGCUGAGGGAUUUCCAGUGGCUAAAGGGUCUAUUGGGGAGGACAACUGUCUCUGAUGGACCCUACAGGAACAGACGACCGUGGAUGCAAUACUCAGGAGAGUUUGAUGAGAACCGCUUCUAUGUUCUUCACCCUGAUUUCCUCAGAUACGCCCGUAACAGGUUCAUGUGGUCCCAGGCGCUGAAGGGUUCUUAUUGGGCUAUAUGCAGACCUACUAACGGAGCAUUCACACUCUUCCUGGCCCUGCACACCUGUGAUGUGGUGGAUGCAUAUGGAUUCAUCACUGAGGACCACAGUAAAUAUCCUAACUACUAUGCUGAGAGACACUCUAAAACCAGAGUCAUUUUCUACGCUAAUCACGACUACAACCUAGAGAUCAAGACCUGGAAGAAACUACAUGACACCAAGAUCAUCAGGCUUUAUCAGAGACAGGAGAGCCCAGAGAGAAAGACAGGAAAGCCAACAGAACCAUAAAACCCUGUCUGACUGCAGAGAUGAGCAAAGAUACAUUGACAUGUCAUGUAUCUUGUUACAAAAUAAACUAAAGACCAAUGCAUUUAUAUCAGAAUAAACAACAAAAUACUGGUGCCAAGUAAUGUAUUUAAUUAAAAUGCAUGUAUUAUCCAUCCCAUGCCAUCAGGAGCAACAGUGAAAGCUGUUACCUUCAAGUAGGUUAAAGUUUUUCUAGGGCGUUGUGGACGGGAAUGGCAAAUAGGUAUCUGCCUCAGGUGCCAAAGGUAGCACACUCGAAUCCAGCAAUUGAAAGUUGUUUUUUAGAUUUUUGUUUUAAGCCUAUCCCAAACCUUCACUCUUACCUUAACCAUUUGGAGUUCAUGCCUAACCUUACAAUUUCAGAGUUAAUGCCUGAACUUAAUUCUAACAUUUACAAUUCAGAGUUAAUGCCUGAACUUAAUUCUAACACUUACAAUUCAAAGUUAAUGCCUAAACUUAAUUCUAACAUUGACAAUUCAGAAUUAAUGCCUAAACUUAACCAUAAAUACUUAAAAUUUUGACUUUUGCAACAACUUUGAAAUUUGACGUUUGAGCGACUUAGACAAAUGUCUAUUUCUGACUUGAGACUGCGAGAGCUAGUUGACAAAUAGCCUAUAAUACUGGUGCCAAGUAAUGUAUUUAAUUAAAAUACAUGUAAAAUACAUUUGCAAGUAGCCCCCUUUCUAUAUGGUUUGUGUUAACAUUGCUUUAAAGUAAUUUGUCAACAUAUUGUGACGUGGAAUCUACAUGGAAAAUAAAUUGAUUUGAUAUUUGUGUUGACAAUCAAAGGAUUCAAUAGCACUUUUGAAAUACAAUAAAUAGCAUAUUAAGUUGUUGAUAUGUUAACAAAUUAUAUGUAAAAUUCACAUUUGCAAGUCAACGUAAAAUAAAUGUUAAUGAAUGCAAUUAAACAAUAUAAUCUCAACUGCAAUCCAGGUCAUUUGGUUGUGCUAUUAGAUGAUGCACAGAGAUAACACAUUAAUAUGUUGUAUGAAUAAACCAAAUAUCUGACAUUGUAUGAAUAAACCAAAUAUCUGACAUUUGAACAUUGCUGUGCUUUUAAAUGGUUGAAUGCGCAGUGAUAGAGAUUUGGGUGACUAAGCCAACAAUUGAACAUUGUUUUUCCAUUUGAAAUUGGUUGUGCUUUUAGAUGGUUGAAAGCACAUUGGAAACUCAAUAAAUUUUUCGCUGUCUUUUUGAGCGGGUGAAUAUAGUUUGUAAGCUCAUUGAUCAAUGUCUCAGCCAAAUAUUACCAAAUGAUCCACUUUGACAUUACGUGUUGUGCCCUUUGGGAAAUGUCACGUUUGAGGGGUGCACACGAAUGCUCACAGCUCACAGCUAAAAACUAAAUGCUGAUAUCGGGACCUUGACAAAUUUAGCAGUGAGUAUGUGAACACCAUGAAAACACACAAGACUGGUGGCUAUGGCUAUGCUCAACAAGUAUAUUAUUAUUCUGGCUUUAUCUAGUUUUAUUUGUGAUAUUUUACCUUGCCUCACUGGCUUGCUAACUUCCUAGGUAAUCAAUCCUCCGAUGACAUCUGUGAUGUUGUAGACGAUAACCACCGAGGUAAAGAGAGUUUAAAGUUGGAACUUUGACGGACUCUUUCAGACCUCAAUAGCUUUCAAACCACUUGAGCCACAGACUCCUAAUAAGUGUCAUGAUGUUGGAAAAAUUGUGCACAGCAUUGUUCAGGUCUUAUUUUCAUGAUUUGGACACUUUCCAAAGCUAAUAAACAUGUGGAAAUAUGA